GGCCCCGCCCGGACCCAAAGCAUCUGCCACCGUCGCUCUCGACUCCAUCACUCUCCCCUGCUCUGCUCUGCCUUCUCCCCUCCCCCAACUCGCGGCGGGCGCGGCGAUCUCGGCUCGGGAUCGGGGCCGCCGCGGCAAGCUGCUGGCGAUGGGAACGGGAUCGCGGCGGCGUCAUCUUGCCGCCCUCGUCGCCCCCGUCGCGGCGCUGCUGCUGCUGCUGCUGUCUUGCUCUUGCCGCGGCGCGUCCGCGGCGCCGGCAACGUCGUUCGGCGACAACUUCGAGAUCACGGGCGCGGAGGACCACGUCAAGACCUCCGCCGACGGCCAGACCUGGUACCUCUACCUCGACAACAAGACAGGCGUCGGGUUCCAGACGAAGGAGCGCUACCUCUUCGGGUGGUUCAGCAUGAAGCUCAAGCUCGUCGGCAACGACUCCGCCGGCGUCGUCACCGCCUACUACAUGUGCUCCGACGUGGACGCCGCCCCGCAGCGCGACGAGCUGGACUUCGAGUUCCUGGGCAACCGCACGGGGCAGCCCUACAUCAUCCAGACCAACGUGUACCACAACGGCGUCGGCGGCCGGGAGAUGCGCCACUCGCUCUGGUUCGACCCCACCGCCGACUUCCACACCUACGCCAUCCUCUGGAACACCAAGCACAUCGUGUUCUUCGUGGACAAGGUGCCGAUCCGGGUGUACCCGAACGACGCGAGCAAGCCGGGCGGCAACGGCUUCUUCCCGGCGGCCAAGCCCAUGUACAUCUUCUCCAGCAUCUGGAACGCCGACGACUGGGCGACGCGGGGCGGGCUGGAGAAGACGGACUGGGCCAAGGGGCCCUUCGUCUCCUCGUACAGGGACUUCGCCGCCGACGCCUGCGCGUGGCCGGCCGAGUCGGGGCCCGGCUCCGGCGCGCCGUCGCCCACCGGGGACAGCUGGUGGGACCAGCCGCCCGCGUGGGCGUUGGACGAGGCGCAGCGCAUGGACAACGCCUGGAUCACCCGCAACGUCCUCAUCUACGACUACUGCGACGACCGCAAGCGCUUCCCCGCGCCGCCCGAGGAGUGCGCGCUCCGGAACGCCGGCACCUCCUCGUGAUGAUCCUUGUUUUUUUUUUGUGCGUGUUUUGGUUAUCGAUUUUUUGGGGAGGAAGGUCGGUGGUCGCCGGAUCGAUGGUUGUCACGUUGGGACGAACAGUCAUUCUUUUGGGGGAAUGGAUUCAAUUUUGUUCUUGUCA